UCAGAAGAUCACAUCAGCUGCACCAUGAGCCGAGUUCGGGAUGCUGGAUAUGUGGCUGCAGGAAUAGUGAUUGGGGCUGGUGCCUGGCUCUGUGUGUACAAAUACUCCAGAGGACGAGACCAGAAGAAGAAAAGACUAGUCAAAGCCAAGCCAAGGGUCAUGGCUGGGACUGGAGCCAGGGCUAGAGCUGGUCCAAGGGCAGGGUUCACAAUCGACCUUGGGCCAGUAUUUGGCCCUCCAAACCCAGCGUUGGCUAGGGAGGAGAGCAGGGCCCAGGAUGAAGUCUUUGCAGUGGAUGCUGAUGGAACCAAGACACUGGUCCCAGCUGCAGCUGGUACUAAGGCUCAGAGUGAAGCCCAAGAGGUUAAUGUGGCCAGGGCUGUGCCUAAGACUGAAUCAGUAAGUACAACUGUAGUGCCUUCUGGAAUGGCACCACCUCUCAGGCAGGCAAAGGCUCAGGGAACUACAGAGGAUUCCCCAAUGGCAGGGGCUCCAAAAUUGUCAGAGGCCCUCAGAGCAGCUGAGACUUCCUUGGCUGUGCAUCCAGGGGCAGCAGAAGCUGUGAGGGCAAUGGAGGUUCCUAUGGUGGUUGCAGCAGUGUCUACAGAGGUAGUGGAGGCUCUUAAAGUGACAGCACUUACUGAAGUGGUGGAGACUCAUAGGGUAGCAGCAUCUACUCAUGCAGCAUCACCUACUCGGACCUUAGAGGUACCUGGGAUUUCUGGGUUCUCUAAAACAACUGCAGUUCCUGUUCCAGCUACAGUUAAGAGAGCCACCCCUGGGGCACAUACUGGGGCUAUCCCUAAGGCUGGGCCAGCAACUGGAGCAGUACCCAAAGGUGGAUCCAAGGGUGGAAACAAGUCCCGUGGUGGAGGCAAAGGCAAGAAAAACAAAAUUGAAAUAGACGAAUUAGGGUUGGGAUUCCGCCCUGGAGAUGGGGCUGCAGUAGCUGCUGCAGCCUCAGCUAAUGGGGGACAGGCUUUCUUGGCAGAAAUCCCUGAUUCUGAGGAAGGGGAAUCUGGAUGGACUGAUACAGAAUCUGACUCAGAUUCUGAGCCUGAGACCCACAAGGGAAGGGGGAAAAGACCUGUUCACAUACAAAAGCGCCCUUUUCCUUAUGAAAUAGAUGAGAUCCUGGGUGCCCGAGACCUCAAGAAAGUCCUCACUUUACUUCAGAAAACUGAUGAUCCUUUCAUCCAACAGGUAGCUCUGCUCACCCUGAGCAACAACGCCAAUUAUUCGUGCAACCAAGACACAAUCCGCAAGUUGGGUGGCCUCCCCAUCAUUGCAAACAUGAUCAACAAAACCGACCCCCACAUUAAGGAAAAAGCCUUAAUGGUCAUGAACAACCUGAGUGAGAAUUAUGAAAAUCAGGGUCGGCUUCAGGUAUAUAUGAAUAAAGUGAUGGAUGACAUCAUGGCCUCUAAUCUGAACUCAGCAGUACAGAUAGUUGGGCUGAAAUUUUUGACCAACAUGACUAUUACUAAUGACUACCAGCAUCUACUUGUCAAUUCCAUUGCAAACUUUUUCAGAUUGUUAUCUCAGGGAGGUGGCAAAAUCAAGGUUGAGAUUUUGAAAAUACUUUCAAAUUUUGCUGAGAAUCCAGAUAUGCUAAAAAAACUACUCAGCACCCAAGUGCCAGCAUCCUUUAGUUCACUCUAUAAUUCUUAUGUGGAGUCAGAAAUUCUUAUUAAUGCCCUUACUCUGUUUGAGAUUAUCUAUGACAAUCUCAGAGCUGAGGUAUUCAACUACAGAGAGUUCAAUAAAGGAUCCCUUUUCUACUUGUGCACUGCAUCUGGAGUGUGUGUUAAGAAAAUUCGAGCCUUAGCAAAUCACCAUGACUUAUUGGUGAAAGUGAAAGUUAUAAAAAUAGUGGACAAAUUCUGA